AUGAAGGUAACAGCUCUCUGGGUAUAUCCCAUCAAGGGCCUGCGAGGCAUCCCUCUCGAGACGGCCGACCUCGGACCCCAGGGUCUCCGACACGACCGCGUAUUCACGGUAUGCCGCGUCGACGGCGACGGCGACGACGCGCAGCUGCGGCACAUGCAGCUGUCCCGCUUCCCCCAGUGCUCCCUGUUCCACCAGGACAUGACCGAUGACGGGUCGCACAUCCGCGUACGGUACCAGCAGCCCAGGCUUGACCCCCCCCCGUCCUCCUCCUCCUCCCCCCCCUCAACUUCCGGCUCGCCAGCGGCUGCCCGGCCGCCCGCGCACCGUCCUGAACACGACCAGACCCUGCACGUGCCGCUGGAGCCGGACACGACCAGGCUCGAGCGCGCCGUCGUCAACAUCCACCAGAGCGUCGUGUCGGCGUACCGCGUCGGCAAGCGCUACGACGACUGGUUCUCGGCCUGCUUCGGCUUUCCCGUCGCCCUGCUCUACAUCGGUGACCAGCGGAGACCGGUGCUGGGGAGCAUGGCGCCUUCGAACCCGUCCGCGGCGGACAGGCACGCGGCCGCCUCGAACAGCAGCAGCGGCGGCGGCGGCGGCGGCGGCGGAUGGCUGUCAUCCAUCGUGACCAGCCUGGUCGGCGGGGACAAGACCGGCGCCACCGGCGCCGGUGGUGCCAAGGAACCGGAGUGGCUCCGAUUCUCCGACUGCGCGCCGUACCUGGUGACGACCGAGGCCUCGCUCGCGGACGUGUCGGCGCGCAUGGCCCGCGGCCAGCAGGACGUGGACAUGGUCAAGUUCCGCCCCAACAUCGUCGUCGACGGCGACUCCCCCUUCGACGAGGACUACUGGGCCGAACUGUCCGUCCGCGGCCGGCCGGCCCUGUCCAUGUCCAAGAUGUGCGGCCGCUGCACCUCCCUCAACGUCGACUACGACGCCGGACGGCCGGCCCUAGGCGAGCAGGGCACCCUGCUCAAGAAGCUCAUGCCGGACCGCCGCGUCGACCCCGGCGCCGCCUACACCCCCGUCUUCGGACGCUACGCCUUCCUCUCCGACCAGCUCGCCUCCGACACCCUCCUCCUGCGCCGCAGCGAGGGGGAGACGCCGGGCUCGGACGCCGGGGACGGCGACGCGGCGGGAGACCUGCGGAUAUCCGUCGGCGAUUCCGUCGCCGUCACCCGCCGCAACGACGCGAGGCCCGUCUGGGACUGGCCUCUCAAGGACCCUUCCAGCGCACGCUUCUACUCCUAUUCGCACCCUCCUACCGCCCAGACAGCAUAG